AACCAAAGAAUUUCUGCUACAGCUGAUUCGGCCGCCAUCUUUGUCGUGAACAUAAACAACACCAGCAGGUCGCGUUGGCGUCUGUGAGCAGCGCUGUUGUUCGUAAGAAAGUGAAGACAUUCUUUCCGCCGCAGCGUCGAUCUUUUCAGCCGAAGAUGACAGAUGAUCUGGCCACCUGAAGCCACCGUGUCAGUCGAGAUGGGGGUCCUCUGUGGAUUUCCUCACCGGCAGGGAGCGGAGGUGUAAACGGGGAGCGGGGAGGGCAGCAGGGGGGCCUUGUUGCCUAUUAGUCCUGAAGAGAUGGACCAAGAGUACGAGAGACGGCUGCUGAGGCAAAUCAACCACCAGAACCUGCCACCUGAGGCCCGCCUGACCAAGAGCUUAAGUGCUGCCUGCAGUCCUGUCACUGUGAAGUCAGGAGACCGCUUUAUUCCCACCCGAGCCGGAAGUAACUGGAGCAUCAACUUCCAUUAUGCCAACGAGAACUGCCGCUCUCCCACUCAGACUCACAAAGCAAAGGACGCCAGUUCAGAUUCAAGCAAAGAUGCUGUGGCGUACGCUGCCCUGCUGAGGAAUGAGCUGCUGGGGGCGGGGAUAGAGACGGUGCCAGACCCUCACACCGACGACCGGCGGCAUGCACUCCUCGCUCAAGACUUCCACAGCCUUUUUAGGUACACUGUCCACAGUAAGAGAGUGCCUUUUGAUAGCGACAACGAGGUCUCACCAUACUCCCUUUCUCCUCUCAGCAACAAGAGUCACAAGCUGCUCCGCUCCCCUCGCAAACCAGCUCGAAAGAUCUCAAAGAUCCCUUUCAAAGUCCUGGAUGCUCCGGAGCUGCAGGAUGACUUCUACCUCAACCUGGUAGACUGGUCGGCGGGUAACCUGCUGAGUGUCGGGCUGGGAGCCUGCGUCUACCUGUGGAGUGCCUGCACCAGCCAGGUAACAAGGUUAUGUGAUCUUUCAGUGGAUGGAGACUCAGUUACAUCAGUUUGUUGGAAUGAGAGGGGAAGUCUGGUCGCUGUUGGAACCCACAAGGGUUACGUUCAGAUCUGGGAUGCAGCUGGAGGGAGGAAGCUGACCAGUCUGGAAGGUCACUCAGCCAGAGUAGGUGCCUUGGCCUGGAAUGGGGAGCAGCUGUCAUCUGGGAGUCGGGACCGAGUGAUCCUACAACGGGAUGUCAGAACACCCCCCUCCGCUGAGAGGAGGCUGCAAGGCCACAGACAAGAAGUGUGUGGCCUCAAAUGGUCUCCUGACCACCAGCACCUCGCCUCUGGAGGCAACGACAACAAACUACUGGUGUGGAACAGCUCCAGCCUUCUUCCCGUGCAGCAGUACAGCGACCACCUGGCCGCGGUGAAAGCCAUCGCCUGGUCGCCUCACCAACACGGGCUGCUGGCGUCGGGCGGCGGCACCGCUGACCGCUGCCUGCGUUUCUGGAACACGCUGACGGGUCAGGCGCUGCAGAGCACAGACACCGGCUCCCAGGUCUGCAACCUAGCCUGGUCCAAACAUGCCAACGAACUGGUGAGCACCCACGGCUACUCUCAGAACCAGAUUCUGGUGUGGAAGUACCCGUCGCUAACGCAGGUGGCCAAGCUAACUGGACACUCCUACAGAGUCUUGUAUCUGGCUGUGUCACCAGACGGAGAGGCCAUAGUUACUGGAGCUGGCGAUGAGACGCUUCGUUUCUGGAACGUCUUCAGUAAGACACGCUGCACAAAGGAAUCAAAGUCAGUGCUGAAUCUCUUCACAAGAAUACGAUAGUGACGGGCCGGAGUCAGAACUGGUUCAGGAAGAGCCGGACGGGCUAAAUCUUAAUGCACAGAGUCAACCAACAGCACUCAGAGACUUUUCUGUAGACCCCCCACCACCCAGCACCAACCUCCACUGAACAGUACUUCUUUGAAGUUUUUACUACACAGGAUGCAGACAACAACUACGACUCCCAUCCUGAACAUCACUGAUUUAAAAGAAACAAAAUUAUCACGUUGUCUGCUUAAAAAUAGGUCUUGUUCUCUUUUCUGUUGUGAAAGUGAUUAAGUUGUUUUAUUAUAUAUUAGCAGAUGUGUACAUGUACAAGAGCUUUAAGCUGAAUGAUAGUGGCAUUUUAAAAAGGCGCUCCUUUGUAACAGAGAGAACAUGAAGCCAGGUGUGGGAAGGGGUUGGGACGGGUUUCUAUAUUUUGAUAAUGUGUGAAUAUGAACAACAGCAGUAU